GAAAACCGACCAGCUGUCCGUCAUGUCCUAAACAGCUCGCCGUAGUUCAAGAUGGCGGCCAACGGUGUACAAAACGUCUGUGUUGGUGAUGAUUUACCCAAAGCUGUCCAGCUCCUCAACACACUCACAGAACAGGUGGUUUCUGUGACGAGCCAUGUCUGGGACUUGAUAAAGAAAGUCCAAGGACAGGCUAAUCAGAUGUCCAAGGGCUUGUCAUUUCUGGACCUGCGAUAUCACCUCCUACUGUUUUACCUACAAGAUCUUACUCAUCUGAUCAGCUUGAAGUCAGAAGGACACAGUUUGAAGGACAGUGCUGCUGUUCACAGGCUUGUCACCAUAAGAACAGUUCUGGAAAAGAUGCGUCCCCUGGAUCAGAAACUGAAGUAUCAGAUUGAUAAAUUGGUGCGUACAGCAGUCACUGGCAGCCUGGCCGCGAAUGAUCCUUUACACUUUCGUCCAAAUCCUGAGAAUCUCGCCAGUAAGCUCAGCGAAGCUGAAGACUCAGAUGAUGAUGUUGAUGAUGAUCAUGAACCAGGAGAUGAAAAAGAUGAUCAGAAAACAGGACUUGGCAGGAAAUACGUACCACCCAAGAUUGCCCCAAUGCAUUAUGGCGGGGAUAUGACCGAGUCGGACCGGCAGAAAGACUUUGCUGAUAAGCAGAGGAAAGCGGCUCUGCGCAGCUCCGUCAUCCAGGAGCUCCGGCGACAAUACAGUGAUGCUCCAGAGGAGAUCCGGGACCGCCAAGAUUUCCAGACUGAUCGUGAGAUACAAGAGGACAGACACAGGAAGAACUAUGAGGAGUCCAUGAUGGUGCGUCUAAGUCUUACCCGAGAACAGAAGGCCAAAAAGAGGCGGAUGGUGGGAAUGACCUCACAACUGGGCAACAUCACACACUUCAGUGACAUCACGGCACUGACUGGCAGGCAGACAGCGGAUGUGGAAAGACCAAAGAAGAAGAAGAAGCUUAUGAAGAAAAACAAAAAGAAAAUGUUCAAGAAACGCAAGUAGGAUUUUUUUUUUUUCAACGUCCAGAAUAAGACAGUGUGAUGAGGUUGCAAUUUCUUUAAAGAUUUCAAAAUAAAAAAAACAAUAAACCAGAA